AAGAGCAUCAGAGCUGGCUGAAAAUGGCGGUAGAAAUUCCGAGCCGGCAGUUAUUCAUCGACGGCGAGUGGAAAGAACCGGUCCUCAAGAAGCGCAUUCCGAUUAUCAACCCUGCCACUGAGGAAACCAUUGGGGAUAUUCCUAGAGCUACUGCUGCUGAUGUGAAGAUUGCAGUGGAGGCUGCUCGAAGAGCCCUUGCCAGGAACAACGGGAAAGAUUGGUCCUCUGCUCCAGGGGCUUCUCGUGCCAAGUAUUUGCGCGCUAUUGCUUCUAAGAUAAACGAGAGAAAAACCGAGCUAGCCAAACUCGAAGCAAUGGAUAGCGGAAAACCACUGGAUGAAACUGUUUCUGACAUAGGGGAAGUCGUAAGCUGUUUCGAGUACUACGCAGGCCUUGCCGAAGGAUUGGAUGCGAAGCAAAAAACUCCGGUUUCUCUUUCCACGGAGAAGUUCAAAACUCAUGUUCUUAAGGAACCGGUCGGGGUUGUUGGGUUGAUCACAGCAUGGAACUACCCUUUGUUAAUGGCUGCGUGGAAAGUAGCUCCUGCCUUGGCUGCUGGCUGUACUGCUAUACUGAAACCGUCUGAAUUGGCAUCUGUAACUUGUUUGGAGCUAGCUGAGGUGUGUAUAAAUGUUGGUCUUCCUCCCGGUGUCCUCAACAUUCUGACUGGACUAGGCAAUGAAGCCGGCGCUCCUUUAUCAAGUCAUCCAGAUGUUGAUAAGAUCUCAUUUACCGGAAGUACUCUCACCGGGACCAAGAUUAUGGCAGCUGCAGCUCAAUCGGUCAAGCCUGUUGCAUUGGAGCUUGGAGGGAAAAGCCCCAUUGUUGUUUUUGAUGAUGCUGAUAUGGAAAAGGCUGUGGAAUGGACUUGCUUCGGUAUAUGUUUGUCAGGUGGUCAGACUUGCAGCUCAACCUCCCGUCUCAUAGUGCAGGAAAGCAUUGCUAUGGAGUUUGUGAACCGGCUUGAGGACUGGACCAAACUCAUCAAGAUUUCGGAUCCUAUGGAAGAAGGUUGCAGGCUUGGCCCUGUUGUCAGUAAAGGGCAGUAUGAGAAAAUAAUGAAGUACCUCGAAGGGGCUAAAAGUGCAAAAGCAAAAGUUCUGUACGGCGGGAAUCGUCCUGAGCAUCUGAAGAAAGGAUUCUUCAUCGAACCGACCGUCGUAACUGAAGUAACAUGCGCCAUGAAAAUAUGGAGAGAGGAGGUUCUCGGGCCUGUUCUUUGUGUCAAAACAUUCAAUACAGAAGAGGAAGCCCUUGACUUAGCAAAUGACAGCCCUUAUGGCUUAGGUGCUGCUGUCAUGUCAAAAGAUUUAGAAAAGUGUGAGCGCUUUGCUAAGGGUGUUCAAGCAGGAGUUGUAUGGAUCAAUUGUUCACAACCAUCCUUCAUUCAGGCUCCAUGGGGAGGCUACAAACGAAGCGGUUUCAGCCGUGAAUUAGGAGAAUGGGGACUUGAGCUUUACUUGAACAUCAAGCAAGUUACCGAAUAUGUAUCAGAUCAACCUUAUGGUUGGUUUGAGGGACCUCCUCCUUCAAGUCCCUGA